AUGACAAAACAAUCAAGAUGUUGGCCGACGCCCAACCUUUUCGUCUUUUUCCUCUUCUGCUUCUUUCUUCGCUCGCCGCUUCUCGUGUCAGCCGCGCUGCCCAAGGUCGACUUUGACCGCAUGGGCCAUGUCGGCAUCGCUGGCUCGUUUGCUGGUCUAGAUUUGUUUGGCAAUCAAUCCUCCCUCUCCUUUGACCCGACCACUUCCACCCUUUUAUCAAGAGCCCAAGACGGCUCCCUUACUCGACUGGGCUCCACCGAGGCUGGCGGGAAGAUAAAUGCCGGGUGUGCCAUCGGUGAUACUCUAUUUAUUGCUGGCUCGUUUUCGUCCAUCAAUGGCACUUCUGCAAGUAACGUCGUAUCCUAUUCUCCGUCAAGUGGGACUUUCAGUGCGUUAGGCACUAAUGGACCAAAUGGCGAGGUCAAGGCUACGUUCUGCGACACCAAGAACAACAAGCUUUGGGUAGGCGGCUCGUUUUCAUCACCAGGAAAAACAGUGGCGAUAUGGGAUACGAGCUCAAACUCGUGGUCGCCGCCACCAUUUGGUGGACUAUCAGGCGCAUCAUCAGAAGUACUCUCAAUAACGACCAACUCGUCCGCCAAAAGCUUGUUUUUCGCAGGCUCGUUCGUAACAACUUUCGGCAGCAACACCACCAUCAAUGGGACGAAUAACCCGAACGUGCCCUUCUCAGCCGGCGCCACACCCUUCACUUCCUCCUUGGUGCCCAUUCCCCUGGAAGGCACGGACAUUACCGCGUCUCCUUCUACCUCAGAUCCCGACUUUUCAGAUAUAAACAACAUACUUUGUCCCUCAGGUGACGACGGCCCGGGUUCAACGUGGUUCGCAGCAGAUGGAUCUACUGCCGUUAUUACCGUGCGUGUUUUCAAGGACCUCAAUGCCAGAGGAAUCCGUCUGGGCAAUACAUUCCUCUCCGAUCAUGGAACCACCGAGUUUAGCGUGACCUCCAUUCCAGAUAACACCCCUCAAACUCUCACAUUUGUUGAUCCAUCUACCGGACUCAAUCAGUCGUGCAGUGACUCGUGCCCACUCCAAUCGAACUCUUCGAACUUAUAUCAGGACUUCCUUUUUGAUGAUGAUGUGGAGUUGACCGGGUUCCAACUAAAGCUGACAGGGUUUUCCGGCAGCAGUGCGGGCCUGCAUUUAUUGCAGCUCCUGUCUUCCGGUGCAUUCGCAAGCGCAGUUGCGUCUCGAAAUAACGCGUCGUGUUUCGCACCAAAUGCGUCGGCCGUUACCCUCAUUGGAGAAUGGACAGAGAAACAAGUUACAACCGAUAUAGCCGCCACUGUUCAGGAUGUUCUCACCGCAACAGUUGACGUUGGUACUUCCUCUGAAGAUGGCCCGAGCAUUACCUGGAUGCCUUACGUCUCUGCUUCGGGCAAUUACGAUGUCAACUUGCUUAUUCCAGGUUGCGUCAACUUCCAGGAUUGCGACUCUCGGACUAGCGUGAAAGUUACGUUUUUCCCGGGCGGAGGCCUUGAUCCGGUUGUGACUGUUGUCUCGCAGCAAGUUAAUGACGAUUCCAGUGCGCCAAUCUACAGUGGUCCGGUAACUCCGUCAUCUCCGGAUUUCGUUGCUACUGUCACGAUGGCACUUGCAGAUCAACCUGAGGGCUCUGGCGAAAACGGUCAAUUUGAACUUGUCGCAGAUAGGAUCGAGUUGGUAUUAACGUCCGUGUUGAAUAAUGGUAGUAGCAACGGUACGAUUAUCACGAACAACUCGACUACCACACGCCGAGGUUUUGGCUUUUUCGAGUGGUCUCUUGAUGACACGACGGUUGUUAAUGCGGCUAGCGCCUUAUCAAACUCCUCGGAGACAAGCCUGGAUAACGUCGGGUUCCAGCUUUUCAAUGAAAUCGGCAGUAGCUCCGUAUCUUCAACACGCGACGUUAUUGCAACCGUUGCGCAUCAUUCUUCGGGUGCAAUUUUCCUUGGUGGAAAUUUCUCAAUCUCGAGCGGUUCCAACAUAGUCGCGUUCAAGAGCGGGUCUCUUUCGACACUGUCUACUGGUGGCCUGAAUGGACCUGUUACGUCAAUGGUGUUGGACGGGGAUACGUUAUUCGUUGGAGGCGCCUUCACCGACACGAACUCAUCAAGUACUGGCGGGAAAGCACGCGGCAUUGUUUCCUAUAAUGUAAACCAGGACACUUGGUCACCUCUUCAAGCAGGUGUAGACGGUCAGGUUGCCAGUGUCAACUUUGCAAACAAUCAGAUCGAAGUCGCCGGAACCUUCACAAAAGUUCUCACAACCGCUGGUACCUCAUCUGGGACAGAGGCUGGUGGAUUCGCGGUAUGGGACGUGAACAAUAGCACUUGGGGAAAUCCCGGUGGGUUCCUCAUUGGGAGCAUGACAUUCGUUGGAAAUGGUACGGACAACACGCAGAUACUAUCGGGUAACGUUAAAUCUUCGCUCAAGUUUGGUGCCACUGGUUUCGUCAUGCUCCAGAACGGGAAGAAUAACGAUGGUAUACCAGCAGUUAGCACCCUUACAGUCCAGCUGGAGGACAACACCAAUACUCCCAGUACACCGCAGAGGCGACGUCGCUCUCUGGGUCCCUCAAGUUGGCUUUCCACGCUUUAUCCGUCUACUCUAUUCAAGCGUCAGUCGACCACUGUCGCACCAUUACCAGCAGAUCCGGAAGCACCCGCCCCAGCUGUCUUAGCUGGCAUUUUCUGGACGAAUACCUCGGAUUCAAGUGAUAAAGUUAUCCUUGGCGGUAACUUCUCGUUUUCAUCAAAUAUCUCGACCGAUUCGACCGGUGUUGCAAUCUACGACCUGACGUCGGGCAGUAUUGAGGCUCUCACGGGUAAUCCUGUCAAUGGGACUGUGCGCUCGCUAUUUAUCGCAAAUGAUCGUCUGUUCAUUGGUGGAGAAAUUACCAUAAGCGGGAGCAAUGGACUGGCAAUCUAUAACUUGGACACGCAAGCGCUGGAUAUGUCGGGACUGAACUCCUUGCAAGCAGCAUCGGGUUCGACCGUCGUUGUACGAUCGCUGACAGCAUCGUCGGCGAAAUCGAAUACGGUGGUUGUUGCUGGCACUUUCUCUUCUGCGGGAGGUGUGAACUGUAAUGGAAUUUGCUUCCUGGACGUAAAUACCAAACAGUGGUCAACACUUGGAUCUGGUAUUAACGGAGAAGUAGCAAGCGUAGCAUACGGCGGCGAUAACCAAGAGCUCCUUUUCGCCUCUGGAUCCAUUGCUCUUUCGGACGGUACCCCAGCAAAUGUCGCCAUGUUCGCGUUCGAUAACUCGACAUGGACUGCUGUCGGAAGUGGUAGCGAUCUGCCUGGACCUGUUACUGCCGUCACCGUGGACGAUGGGAAUUCAAGUAGUAUAUUCGCGGCCGGAAAGUCAUCAAGUGGAUCUUCUCCUUUCUUGUCUUUCUGGAAUGGCGCCAAGUGGACCACAAUCGAUUCUGGAUUUGAGUCGUCAACAAACAUAUCUCAAUUGACCUUCGUUCCUCUGCAAGACGACCAUUCAUCAAACCCGAUCAUAGAACAAGAUCGGAUGCUGCUUGUGUCGGGUUCACUUGUUUCGUCUUCCUUUGGAAACGCAUCGUCAGCGCUUUUCGAUGGCCAGUCAUUCAUCCCGUAUAUCACUACUUCGACGUCCGAUGGCACCGCAGGAACGAUUUCCUCGUUAUUCUCUUCCAUCUCGAACUUCAGUUUCGGGACGCGACAUUUCUUGGCUGUCGGAGUUGUCAUCCUCAUCUCGAUCGCUAUCGCUGCUGGUGUUGUCUUCCUGUUAGUCCUGCUCGGUAUAUUAUGGACGCUGUUCGCAAGGCGCCAUAACGAAAAGCUCGAUUAUGCGGCGUACGACGAGGACGAUGAGUCGAUGCACCAGCGUCCAUCGUCAUUACUUGAGCACAUCAAUGAGGCGACCCGAGGAACCAUCAUAGGUGCACCUGCAGGAUUCGAAAAUUCGCAGAAGCAAGAGGAAGAACAUGCUGCCGCCCUGACGUCGGCCGAUCCAUUCGCCCAGGAGCAUGACGGUGACAAUUUCCAGCGAGCAGAGACGCCAUCGGAGGUGAUAGCAAUUGGUACAGCAAAUGAAGAGCAGGGACGGCCCGCUCAUGCCCGAUAUUCAUUCGAUGGAGCGGGUGAGGGUGAGCUUGCGUUAGCUGAGGGUAUGAGCCUCGAAAUCCUGGACGAUCGAGAUCCAAAUUGGUGGUAUGCUCGCGACGCGAACUCUGGUCGAGAAGGAGUCGUACCCGCAGCAUACAUCAUGUGA